CCUUUGCACAUGCAGUCCUCGUGCCCUCCCUCCCUGCCUCCUCCCAGCCCUGGCUUACGUAUAAGAGGGGCCGAGAUCCGCAGGGCUGCCAGUGAGGAGAAAAGUGUCAUUAUCUGCAUUUCUAAUUAUGGUUUAUACUGCAAUUUUCUGUUUACUUUUAGAAUGUGUGACCGUUUCACUGGGCAAAAGCCUUCCGAUGCUCAGGAAGGAUGGCAAGAGCGAAGGAAGUUUGCACAGUCCAUCAACAACCGAAGGCUACACGGCGCCACAGCAGCCUAAGGAGAAAAGUACGCCUUGGAAUCUGGUGCCUAACUCAAGCGCUUCUGACUAUGGAAAGACAAUAGGCCCUCAAAAUGUGAUAUUCCCUGUGCCCUUGAUGACUCCGGAGAUCUCGGAUAAAGGCCGCAUAUUUCCAAGUAUCCCGGGUAUCCCGCCGCUUUGGGAUGCUGCCCAAUAUCCUACGAGCGAGAAGGUGUUCACGCCUCUCCCGAACAUAUUACAGGAUCCCAUGACUGUGGGAAACAUGCCCGAGUUCCGUGCAGCCAAGGAGAACAUUCCUCAGGUUCCCGAGCCCAUCUGGAAUACGGCCCAGAACCCCUUUUACAAAGUGAGUAUGCCACCAGGUUUUCUCAAUGAAACACAGGAAGCGACAACUCCACACGUGCCCUCCGUGUUGAAGGUGGACCUCGGACACACGACGCAACUGCCAGAAAUGGAGCCUCAGGACUCCGCUACACAAGGGGGUGUAAAAAAGACGCCAAUAGCCAUCGAACUUACGCCGAAUGUGAAACUGGAUCGCCUUGAAGUAAAGGCAAAUAAAGUUAUCUUACACGGAUAUCCAUGCCAAUGCCCGCCAGGCGUGCCCUGCUAUUGCCCAAUUGAUUUGUGAUGCUUCAGUGACCUUGUUAAUAAAGUUUGUGUAUGUGUGUGUGUGUGUGUGUGUGUGUGUGUGUGUGUGUGUGUUUGUGUGUGUGUGUGUGUGUCUGUGUGUUUGUGCGCGUGUGUUUUGUUUUCUAUUAUGUGUAUGUGUGAGCAUAUGAAUUAUUUUCUUUUAGCUACGAAAUAGCUCAUCAUAUUAUUUGUCCAUAUCUAUGUAUAAAACUUGUUCAGAAUUUGUAGUGGACUCUUUGGUUUUACUCUCAUGUCGAACAAAGAAACACACAAAAAAAAACAGCUUCAUGACAAAACAUAUGUUAACUUGCUUACCCUACCUUGACACAAGAAAGGUGAAAACUUAAAAUCAUUCGUCCAUGUGAUGGCUGUCACACUUAGAAAUAAUACAGAAUUAAGGUCAA